AUGUCGGCUAGAGAAGGCACGAUAACAGAAGAAAUAGUGAUUGUAGGUGCCGAUUUUGGCGUGCAUGAUGAGAAGAGAAUGGUAGUCGAAAACAUUCUUGAUGAGGGUGCUGUAGACGGGGAGCCUAUAAGUUUUAAGCCAUAUGGGGCCUAUAUUGUGAAAAUAUGUCAGUAUCUUAAUUUUUUGAUGACUCAUACGUGCCUUCCCAAAUGGCAUGCAAGCUAUCAAACUUUGACCUCUAGCCGUGUAGAGGUUUUCGAAUCAUUAUAUGUGGCGGUAGGGCCUUCAUAUGUGAUUUUUGUUAUAAUGGAGAGCCAGAAGGAUACUGUUUACUCGCCCAACCUAACCUCAACUCGGUGUGAUAACCUUGGGAGGAAUUAUCAAAUGGUAGCAAGCAUGGCUAAACUGAGGCAGAAGCAUCGUAUCCCUGAUUUGGUGGGGUUGAGGUUGAAAUUGGAUGUCAAACUCACCCAACUAGAUUGCCCAUUUGAUCAAUUGGCCAAAAAAUUAGAUCUAUUCACGUGUCCAUACGAGUCAUGCAAGAGUUGCUGCUCAAAAGCUCAAAAUCCAUGUCAUAUUCACGUUUUGAAAUCAAAUGCAACAUUUCCAGACAAGGCACCAACCUCAAGCUCUCCUCUAUUUGACCAUCAAUCAAUUGAGGCAUCACCAUCAGGGAAUUCACAUCGAGUUGCAUCACUCCGGCAACUUUCAAACAAUUUUGCUCAAUUCAAUAAUGUGCAUCUUCCCCUUCGUUCUAGGAAGCCUUUGACCAAAAAGGAUGCUGUAGCUAUUAAUGAGUGGAGAUUUUCCAAGCUAAAGGAAUACAAGGACAGAAACAUCGAAGUGGAAAAUGAAGCUUUUGAUCGAUACAUGCAGAAUGUCACCCUAUUAGAGGAAGUGUUUUCUGUGAAAUCUAUCAUGGAGGAGUCCAUUGGGGAUGAAGCUGAACUCAAAUCCAUAUCAACCGAUAAUAGUACUACUGCUACUACAGAAGAAGACACUGAGGCUAUGGUCUCAGGGUUGAAGUUGAAAUUGAGAUCAAAUCCAAUGAGAACCAAUAACUUCAGAAAGAGAAUACAGCAAGUUGUUGAUGAGGGAUUAAAGAAACUUAAAAAACGUGAGUUAGAUGAUGGGGAGAAGGAACCAAUUGUGGGAACUGGAUUGGAUCAGGGGCCCAAAGAAGAGGAAAAAUGGCGGGCCGAAAGGGCUUCUGCUCUAGGCGAUCUCAUUGAUAAGCUGAACAAGGCCCGAAAUGAGGAGGAUCUGAAGUUGUGCUUGGAGAUGAAAUCUCAGCUCUUUAAGGAACAUAAAUUGACUAGUACAUCAGAAUCUGAAGAGAAACAGGCUACAAAGAAUGAUUUGGAACCCCAAAAAGAGUCGAAUUAUUCAUUUCCUAAAGUCGUUAGCGCCACCGAAAUCGAUCAGGAAACUCUCAAUAUUGUCUACACUCACUUCACUUCCCUUGAGCAUAUACAAGGUUUAUGAUUAAAGACUUAGAGGUAAGAUUUUGCGUAGGAUUUGGACUUAUUAGUCAAUUUAGAGGAUCUAUGAUUUGAGGGAGGUGCCAUAGAUUAAUGUAGUUUUUUCCUAGAGUUUCCUUUCUAGUCAAUAAUAAAUCAAGGGAUGCUUAGAAGUUGCUUCAAAUUUACAUUUUCAAUUUGGAUCCAACAAUGGUAACUGAUUUUUCUUGUUUUAAUGUAGCAAUGCAAAUUGCAUGAAGCCAAUGACCCUUUGGGUAGGCUAAUGAUUCUUCAUCUUGAUAGCUGUUUUCUGUAACAUAUUGAGUG